GAUUGCGGCUGUGUGGUUGACAUCCUUGAAUGCCCAGGGAACCGGGGUCCGCCCAACUGGGUCCAUGGAGAGAGGGAGGGAGAGUUAAAGUCCAGCUCAUCUUUCGUCGUCUUAGCUCUGAGUUGGGCUUACUUAUAGAAGAGAGUCUGUACUUUCGGACGUGUCCUUCGUCUAUGCGUCUGAUUCAAGGCAUUUGAGAGUUCAUCAUGAGCGUCUACCGCAACGGCAGCAGCAAUGGCAUGCCAGGGGAUGAUCAGAUGCCCAGUUACGAGGAGGCGAUUGCGGAGGGAGCGAAUCCGACCUCGGCCAGGCCGCCGUCCCUUUCCGGGUCAAUACCCUCGCUCAACCUGCACAACGGCACGCUCCCGCCGUCGAUGCUCCGGCUCAGGAGCCUCGGGCGCACCGUCGGCCAAAACGGUCCCGUGACGGCGCUCAUCUUCAGUCCCAAGGGCUACGUCGCGUCGUCCCUGGACAACGCGGGCACGGCGCUGCCGUCGAACACGAAGCUCUGGGACUUCUUGUCCAAGCCGCCGCCGGGAGUGGCCGCCGGGGCGCAGCUCGUGCCGUCCGACAUCCACAACGACGCGCCCGUCGUCGUCUUCAGCCCGGACAGCAAGCUGGUGGCGGUAGCGGAGAGGGACGUCGGCUCGAAGCGCGAGUGGCGCCUCAAGCUGCGGAUGGGCGAGGAGGGCAGGAGCGUGCGAUGCAUCCUCAACGGGGUGGCGCAUCCGGCCGUGUUCAGCGGUGACGGGCAGAUGCUCGCGGCGACGGACCCGGCGGGCGUCGUCGUCGUGUUCGAGGCGGCGACGAGCCCCCGGGGGAUGCCGCCGACGAAGAAGGUGGCCGCGGUCAUGAAUCACGCGCCGACGACGCACGUGCUCUUCAUGCCCAACGGGACAGACCUCGUGACGCUGUCGAUGGACGGGACGGUUAGGGUCGCGGAGGCCCGGACGGGGAAGACGCUGAGGCGGAUGGAGGUGGACGGCACGGCGAUGGCGGGCAGCGGCGGCACGGGGGCGCGGGCGUUGGGGGUGUCGCCGGACGGACGGGUCGUCGUGUCGGUUUGGUCGCGGGCCGUGUACGUGUGGGAGCACGAGGCCGGGCGGGUGUCGAGCUGGGAGCUGAACAAGGUCCGGAGCAACGAGGGCUGGCCGCUGGCGGUGUCGCCCGACUGCCGGUUUCUGGCGUGCCGCACCGACGAUGGCGUGGACAUCUCGGACGUGUACUCGGGCCACGUGCUCGCCGAGGUGCGGACGGCGGCGGGCAUCGACGGGCUAGUGACGGCGGCGGCCUUCUCAGCGGACGGGCGGUUCGUGGCGGUCGGAAGAUACUCGGGGGUUGUCGAGAUGUGGAAGCUCGCGCCGUUCGGGGACUGAGGAUGGGGUGACAAUGUUUGAGUUGUGAUGAAUGAGACGGUUGUGUGUACGAUGUUGACCGUUGUUGGUGAUGGUGAUGGUGAUGGUCCGUCCGGUAUUCAAGUUGAACCACGAACCAAAUUGUGUGGUGAGGGGGGUUGUCCAGCUACCGGGUUAUGAGAUGACAGCAUGCGACAAGAUGUUGACUGCCUACUACCAAGAACAGCAGUUGACUGCUGCUAAGCUGGCGAUACACAAAAGGCGGGUAGCGUGUAAGACGCAAAAUGCUAUACAGGGUCAUGAGAGACUGCAGCCAGACAUGUAAUUCAUAAAAAGACCACAUCCA